CAAUUAAACAACUAUUUACCAGAUGGUAGCUUUGAUAUGACAUGGGAUCCUGAUAGAUCACAACACGAUACAGCAAUGACUAAUCCAAAGGAGGAAUGGGAUAUAAGACGAACUAAAGCAAAAAGUUGGUUGAAAGAGUUUACAUUGGCUUCCACAAACAUGCCAGAAGAUUGUCCUGGCUUCAAUAGUAUUUAUCAAAAUUGUGCGGGAAAAGAUGGAUCGGGUGUGGCCAAAGACCUCUACGUAAAGGAAUCUGAUAUUUCAGUUUAUGAAGAAUUGGGAAAAGGCCAUUUUGGAUCAGUUUGCUUGGGUAGAUGUAAAAUUUCAGGAGAAGCAGUGACUUGUGCUAUAAAAUUUCUCAAAGGUACUGAUGUUGUGACAAAUAAGCAGCAGCUGCUGGAAGAAGCUGCUCUCAUGCAAGAUCUUGAUCAUCCGAACAUCAUGCGAUUGAUUGCUGUGUGUGAUACUGACACAGAUCUUAUGAUGUUACUAGAACUUGCUCCUAUAGGUACUUUUAAAAAAUUCUUGAAGCGUCACAAUGAAACUUCCUUUCCUGAAUCCAAGAUUUUAAACAUAGUAAAUCAAGUACUACACGGUAUGGCUUAUUUAGCCAGCAAGAAUAUCGUGCAUCGGGACUUGGCCUUAAGAAAUGUACUCCUCGUAUCAGAGAAUUUUGCAAAAGUUUCGGAUUUUGGAAUGUCAAAGGUCUUGAAAGAGUCCGAAAAUUAUUAUCGCUCGGCCCGACCAGGAAGCUGGCCACUUAAAUGGUAUUCCCCUGAGGCAUUGUGUUAUUAUAAAUUCACCACAAAAUGUGAUGUGUGGAGUUACGGUGUCACACUUUGGGAAGCCUUUUCUUAUGGUAGUCGUCCAUAUCGUGGAAUGAAGGGUCGGGAAAUAUUAGAAAUGUUGGAAAGAAAUGAAAGGCUUGAUUGUCCCAUAGCUUGUCCUCCUGAUGUAUAUGAUCUCAUGCUGUACUGUUGGACGUAUGAAGCUGAUCAAAGACCAAGUUUUGAUCAACUCGUUCCAAUUAUGAAGGAAAUAAUGAAAAAUGUUGGACUACUAUCCACCAGUACCUCUGGAGUAUCAGCAUGAAUAAACAUAUUUUAUUGCAAUGAUGGACUGCCAUGCAUUGUAAUAAUAAAUGGAUUGGUGCAAUACAAAAAACAAGUUUGAACAUUACUAUAUUUUACGAAGGGUUAUGUGCUUAACACUAUCACCACACUGUUUGUGCAAAUUUCCUCAGAUUUAGGGGGGUAUACUGUCUAAUGGUGAAUGUUCUACUAUAUAUUCAAAUUUUACCCCAUUUCCAAGGUUAUUAUUACCAUAAAUGCCAUUUCUAGCGAUACAUGCAUAAUUUUAAAAUGAGCAUAGGCUACAUGUGAUUAUUCCCCACAUUACGGUAUUUUUUACUUUCAACAAUUCUCUAAUAGUAAACAGUUUAUCUCAAAAAACACUGUUCCCAGUUCUCUAUACCAUUUGAUAGGCAAUGGAAUAUAUUUUCGUUUUCUAUAUUAUACAAGUAUUUUUGUAUCAAGUUUUGUUUUUGAUAUUCGAAUUUUUCAUAAAAAAUCCUUAAAAUCUUCAAACCGGCUUAUUUGCAACAGUAUUAUUCUUCAUAUAUAAGUAAUUUUUUAUUUUAUCCUGACCAGUUCAUUCUUCAAUAAUUUGUCAUAAUUUUUAU